UGUUCAUUUUGAGGUUUAAUUGUUUCCUGAUUAAUAGUCAGUGAUCUCCAGCAUGAAUGUCAUUCUCUCAAGCCUGGUCUAAUGAAGAUGGCCAUCACACUAGUUUAACUUGAAUCAUUCCCUGCCAACACCAUUUCCCUUUCAGCUGCUGAAGCCUUUGUUUUAACUCCAACUGGUUCCUACCUGAAUUAAGCUAAAUUACCACUGGCUGUUUUAAAAGAAGUACACACAUCAUGAGUCAAAUUUAGCCUACUGCAAAGUUCCCAGGUAGACGAGACCUAGCAGAAGGGAAAGUGUCUUGAAGGGAGAUGCAGAGUUCAGUUCUCACCCAGAGAUGCAGUUGAUCCUUGCUAGUGGGAGAGCAGAAUGGGGAAACCUGGACAUGUAUUUCUUAUGCCAUAUCUAUUCUGUGAAUAAACAGAAGGGCUUCAGUCUCCAAGGCUUUCUAUGUUACACCAAUUUCCAAUUUGCAUUAGAGAAAGUGGCCUUCAAAUAAGAUUCUCAUGUUUCUCCCUUCUAGUUCAGAAUACACAUUGAAGAAAACACCCAGUAUUUCUUCCAUAUCUGCUAGCAGACCAUUUGGAUUAUAAUAUUCUGCAAUUUUACUCUAUGACACUAACGAAGUAGUCAGGAAGGGUCCUAGUGUCAAGUACCAUUCAUCACUCAAUAUACCUAUGAAUCUGAAUGCACUGAAGCUUAAGUCCAAUGAGAAUUCCUUCAGAUAAAGAAAUGAGGCUAUUUACCUCCCACUUAGCCAAGAUGGCUCAGAUCAGCUGCAAUUGAACAAAAGCUCUGAGGCUUCUCCUUCCUUUUUACAUACCGCUAUCUUGACCCUCCAGCCCUGGCUGAUCUGUGUAAUGUGUAGGUAGAACUGGGAGAGGCACAGGUCUGUGACAGAGGCCUGGGUGCAGAAGGUCCUCUCAGCCUUUGUACCAGAGCUUCACCUGCGAACAUGUCAGAGCCAUAAACUGGCUUCUCUCUGCCUUAACUUCCCAGGUCCUCCACUGCCUUCUGCCUUGCUCUAGCCACAGCUAACUGCUGCUUGGAAGCACUUGUAAAUAAAUGUAAAGCUGAUGUACUUUACAUGCAAAAUUCAAGCUGUUCCCCUAGAACUAGUGAUAUUGUAUACUGGUUACUUGACGCACCUCAGGGUUUAAGUGAUAUAAAGCAUAGAAUUACUGUUUUUAAAAAAAGCAAAGAUUCAAUUCUUUAUUUACAGGUAAUUAGAGAAUAACUUUUAAUCAUCAAGAAGUAUGUCUUCAAGUCAAAUAUGAGAAAGGCCUAGCUUAGCUCUAUGAGAUGUAGCCUAGAGUCUGUAUGGCAUCUGGAGUUUCAUUUUACUUGCAUAACCAUUUGGAUGCUUUUAUUCCAAACAUUAACCUAGCAUUUUAAAGUUUUAGAAAAUGAAAUCCUUAUUUGGCUCGUUAUGAGAGAUGUGAGAUGGUGUUAACAAAUAAUUCUGUAAGCCAAGCCAGGCUCAUGGACAUUCAUUGUGAGAACCCAGCAGCCAAAAGAGCUGCACCUGCAUCCUGCCCUGGAGAAGUGUAAGUGCCUAAGCUUCCACAAGUAACAGGCACUCAGGAAGGUACUUAGCACUGAAACAUUAAUAUCCAGCCAAUCUCCAUUGCUCUCCAGAGCACCCAUUCUUCUGUGCUGCCAUUUUAAUGACAACACUUCUGAAAACUUCACCUAGCAGAGAACUUCGAAGUGCUUUGGAGAAUGCGGCCCAGCCUUGAGCUGGGCACAGUGCGCUGUUGGAGAUCCACUGCGGCACUGGGGCUAGUGAGUGCAGCUGGGACUGCGCUGGGACACCUGCAAGGCAAAGGCCACAGUAGAUUGUGCUGGGGUAGCAUCUAACAUGGGUUAGCAUUACACAAAUAAGCAAACGCAUAAAUAAGCUUAUUGGGCUCCUAGCCCCCUGCUCAGUUGCAGACAGAAAACACGACGUGUAGACAUCUCGCUCGGGCUUUCCAUCCACGUUUCUGUCCCGGCACUCUACCUGCACUUCAGCCAUCAUUGAUAAAACAGCCCGCUCUGCCCACUUUCUGAGCAGCAGAGAAAAACGCCAAGGUAUUUCAGCACAGAAGCACCUGUCAGCCAUCCAAAAGCACAAAUACAUUUUCCAACUCGCGUGCCACACACCGGAUCGCUACAGAUCGGGGCUAAGGAGCGCGCUAACCAAAGCGGAGCCUAUCGAUGCAGACAGCCUUGGCCAGGCUGAACCCGCCGGCCCCGCCGCAACCCGUUUGUCCCCUCCGACUCCGCACCGCACCCGACGCCCUCACCCCGGCGAAGUUUCCGCACCGCCACCCGCGCUCCUCCCUCCCGCUGCGGGGCCCGGAGCGGGGCGGCGUGCCGUGGUUCCCUCUGCCAUGUGAGGGAGCGGGGGCCGCGGCGGAGCCCGCCCCCGGGGGUGGCGGGGCCGGCUGGGCGGCGGUGCGUUGGCUUUGGCGGAGGGACGGCGGGCGGGCAGCCCGCAGCCCCGCCAUGGCCGCCCCGAGCCGCCGGCGGGGCUGAGCCCGGCUCCGCGCAGGGGCUGCGGAUCCGCCGCGCACUUCCCUCCGAUGUGAGCGCAGUGUCCCCUGUGGGAUGCAGUAGGUGAUGCCCAGCUCUACUGCAAUGGCAAUUGGAGCUCUCUCCAGCUCUCUCCUGGUAACCUGCUGCCUCAUGGUUGCCCUCUGUAGCUCCACCAUCCCCCUGCAGAAGCUGGCCAGGGCACAGGACAAGCAGGAGAUCAAGGCCAGCCAGGAGAAGAGGGACCACGCGUCGGCAAGGGACAGCCAGGCCGGCGCGGGGAAAGUGGGCGAAAUCAGCCGCAGCGGGAGGGAGGAGGGCGGCAGGGACUGGAAGAGCAAAGGCAGCAGGAACUACUCCAACAAGGAGUCCUGGACCAAGCAGAAGCAGGCUUGGAGCAGCCAGGGCACAGGUGGCAAGCCCGCCAGUGUGCCGGCCCAGGAGCAGCAGGACAUGGCGGCUGAGGUGCCUCGUCCAGCCGAGGCCUCGUCGCUGCCAGAGGCAGUGGCCAGCGCUACCCCCGAGCCCCUGGAGGAGUACGCCUACCCGGACUACCGCGGGAAGGGCUGCGUGGAUGAGAGCGGCUUCGUCUAUGCCAUCGGAGAGAAGUUUGCGCCGGGCCCCUCAGCCUGCCCCUGCCUGUGCACGGAGGAGGGCCCGCUGUGCAUGCAGCCCGAGUGCCCCAGGCUCCACCCUCGAUGUGUGCAUGUGGACACCACGCAGUGCUGCCCACAGUGCAAGGAGAGGAAGAACUACUGCGAGUUUCGGGGGAAGACCUACCAGAGCCUCGAGGAGUUCAUGGUUUCUCCAUGUGAGAAGUGUCGCUGUGAAGCCAAUGGUGAAGUGCUGUGCACUGUGUCAGCUUGUCCCCAGACCGAGUGCGUGGAUCCAGUAUAUGAGCCUGAUCAGUGCUGUCCUAUCUGCAAAAAUGGCCCGAACUGCUUUGCAGAAACCACUGUCAUUCCUGCAGGCCGAGAGGUGAAAACUGACGAAUGCACUAUAUGUCACUGUACUUACGAAGAAGGCACGUGGAGAAUUGAACGACAAGCUAUGUGCACUAGACAUGAAUGCAAACAAAUCUAGGAGAUGUACCAGUCCAAGAACUUUCAUGGUUUUUAUAAACUAUCUCACAGCAGUGAGCACCGUGGAUGACCCAGGGAAAUCUGAAUGAGAAGAUUCUGGUGAGGAGCAAAUCGACUAUCGAUACUUUCUUUUUCAGUCACGUAAUUCUGCAAGGCGAAGAAGUGCGUGUAUUUAAAAAGUUUGGACAUAAGAAUACUUGUCUUAAUAAAUGUGUUAUUUUCACAGUGAGUACACUAAAAUACACUCUAUAAAAUAUUCUAUGUAUUUCUAUAAUACCAUUAUAGAGCUUAAAAAUAAAUGUUUUAUAUAGACAAUACAGAUUAAAGUACUGUAUCGUUGCCUGUCCUGCUGUGUACAUGCACCAUAACUAAACAUUACAUUUCUAUUCUA